UAAGCCACUGGCAAGAUUAUAUUGACCUCUUGUUUUGCCAAAGACAAUAAUGACGAUAAAUACUUUGCUUUCGGCCAUAGACGGAUGUUCCUGAGCUUGCUUACUAAGGACAAUAGCUGAUUGACUACUCAUGAUAAAUUCAAUCUUAAUAGACCCUACACUCUUGCGGUCCACAACCAACUCCACAUAAACAGAUAUAUCACACACUGACUCAAAAAUGUAUCACCAUAAAAAAGGUGACAAAAAUGGCAAAGACGAAUGGAAAUGGGGUUUUGUUCAGACAGAUCAUUCAUUUUGGGUCACUUCCGCUAGAUAUACUAAAAAAAAAGGCCGACACUAUUGUAGUCAUACAGGUGAAUCGUAAGAAAAUAACAAAGAAAAUAAAGGCUAUAUCCAC